CGGAACUGGGGCAGCGCGGGCCGGAGUGCGGCCGAGACUGGCGGCUGCGGGACAUGACGGCAGGCCGCCAGGCCGAGGGCGCGGGUACGGACCACGCCUCCGCGCGUCUGCCCUCCCGGGUGGCCAAGCUACUGUCGGCACUCUUCUACGGGACCUGCUCCUUCCUCCUCGUGCUGGUUAACAAGGCGCUGCUGACCACCUACCGUUUCCCAUCACCAAUUGUUCUUGGAAUUGGACAGAUGGCAGUUACCAUAAUGAUACUAUAUGUGUCCAAGCUAAAUAAAGUAAUUCACUUCCCUGAUUUUGACAAGAAAAUUCCUAUUAAGCUGUUUCCUCUGCCUCUCCUCUACGUUGGAAACCACAUAAGUGGAUUAUCAAGCACAAGUAAAUUAAGCUUGCCGAUGUUCACCGUGCUCAGGAAAUUUACCAUUCCACUUACUUUACUCCUGGAAACCAUCAUACUCGGGAAACAGUAUUCCUUGAACAUCAUUGUCAGUGUCUUUGCCAUCAUUCUUGGAGCUUUCAUAGCAGCUGGUUCUGACCUUGCUUUUAACUUGGAAGGCUAUAUAUUUGUAUUCCUGAAUGAUAUCUUCACAGCAGCGAAUGGUGUUUAUACCAAACAGAAAAUGGACCCAAAGGAGUUAGGGAAAUAUGGAGUGCUUUUCUACAAUGCCUGCUUCAUGAUUAUCCCAACUCUUAUCAUUAGUGUCUCUACUGGAGACCUUCGCCAGGCUACUGAAUUCAACCAAUGGAAGAAUGUUCUAUUUAUCAUACAGUUUCUUCUUUCCUGUUUUUUGGGGUUUCUGUUGAUGUACUCCACACUUUUGUGCAGCUAUUACAAUUCAGCCCUGACGACGGCAGUGGUUGGAGCCAUCAAGAACGUAUCCGUUGCCUACAUUGGAAUGUUAGUAGGUGGAGACUACAUUUUCUCUGUAUUAAACUUUGUAGGGUUAAAUAUUUGCAUGGCAGGGGGCUUGAGAUACUCCUUUUUAACUUUAAACAGCCAGUUAAAACCUAAACAACCUGCGGAUGAAGAAAACAUCCCUCAAGAUUUGAAGGGCUAGAACCUGGGGCAGAAUUGCAGACUGGCUUGCAGACUGGCUUGCAGACUGGGGGGAACGAGGGAAUAUUCCCAGCUGUUUUGGUUGUGGCACUCCCCCCUGGUUAAGGCACAACAGGAAUGUCUGCAAAAUGCAAAGAGAAUCUACAUCAUGUGCUGCAUGAGGAGCCAUCAUCAGCCCUGAGAAAUGUAUCCGGGCAAAGCCUUACCAGCUGAAAGUGAAUCUUCUCAAAAUAAACCACUGGUGAAAGGGAUUGUUUCCAAGGCACUUGCGUGGACCACACAUCUGUGUGCUGUUCCAGGUACUGGGAGUGCUUCAAAGGAGGUAAAAGGCCGAUGCUGUGAGGGUGCUUAUCAGCACCUUGGCCUUAAUUUCAAAGGUCCCAGCCAAAGCAAAGUGCCAGUGGGAACAUUUUUUUGGUUUAAACAGACAUGUCUUUAUUUGAAUAAAAUCAGCCACUUAACUGCCAGUAGAGUUAUUUGUUAGCUUUGAUUUGAUCUUAUAUGUUGGUAUCUUUUCCCAG